GGCAUUCGAAAAAUGCCCAUUCUUCCUGGUUUGUAGGGAUCUAUGCAUACCUCAGCCGUAUAUUGCGACCGAGCCUGCCUAUACAAUCUUCCUGACAGGAUGUAUGUAUGAGACGUAUAAAAGCGACAGCAAGGAUACAACCACCUAACCGUUGGAGCUUCUCUCAGUCAGUCGCCCAUUCUUCUAAUUUCUUUCGACCAAGCCAUUUUUCAUUCAUCAUUAUGAGCCAAAGGUUCGCCAAUUAUGUCGUUUACAAGAUCACCGGCGGUGACGCCCUGAUCAAGUCUGGUCGGACCGCUAUUUAUGAGCAUCCCGCCGACCAGACGACCUUCUACGCCUGCAAUGACUCUCAUCUUAUCGACACCACUUGGAUCUAUAAGAUGUCCUGGGAGAAUACCACCGACACAGCGCAAACCUACACCCUCGACUAUGUGACGGGCCCCAAAGAAGCUGAAGCCGCUGAUAUUCCAAAAUCUUGGAAUUGCGGCUUUCUACCGGGCUUGUCGAUCACCAUGAAUACCCAAGCGAAGGUAUUCUCUGACUCCGAGACGACGGACAGUGACACGAAAUCGGUUUCGUUGACUAUCCCUGCAAAUUCGACGUUGACGUUCUAUCAGAAGAAAUAUUGGUUCAGAAACUCGAUGUUCUUCGUCUUGGAUACGUUGGGUCAGGAGUUCAAUGUUGGCUCUCCAGGCGGAGAUGAUGUCCUGAGAUGAGCGCGAAGUGGAGCUUAUGAGCGAGGACUAUCUGAUUGUCGGCACGACAUUGACUCGCUCCACAACGGGUACAAUAGAUGUGCCAUCGGUUGUGAGGGCUGACGUCGAGGAUGGCAGGGAGACGCGAGACCCUAAGGAUCUUCCUGAGA